AGCAAAUCUGGGUGUUAAAAAUCUCGAGAUCUGAGAAAGCCUCCCAGUCUGUGUGCUGUGAAUGAAGCAGCAGCACCCAGAUGGUUUCCUGAGUGUUUGUUUCAUGGGAUCCUGCUAUUAAACAUGGAUUUCCAAAAGUUAACUUGACCUGAAUGAAAUUAAAUCAGCAGUGGAUGCCUGUUGGAAUCAGUGCACUAUGGAGAUUUUUGCCAAUCACUGCUUUGUUUGGAUACUUCUGAAAGGAACCUUCUGUCUGUUGGUUCUCGGGCAACACCAGACACAGGACAACUUCACCUUCACAGAGAGAGCAGCUCCUCAACUCCACAGAAACCAGGAGGAUUCAUCACAAAACAACUGGGUGCUUCAGACCAGAAAUCUGAUUCAGAACACCAACCUCCCCGUCAGUCCCUUCAUCCCACUCUCCAAGCAGGGACUUUGGGAAAUUCUUGGAGGAAACUCACAGUCCAGCUCCAACCCAUCCUUAAAGAUAAAGCUUCAGCCCAUCACCAAAGUUCACGGAGCAGCUAAACUGUCCAGGACGUUCAGUUGGGGGGAUUUUUACUCAAACAUCAAGACAGUCAAGCUCAAUCUGCUGAUAAUGGGGAAGAUCGUGGACCACGGGAACGGCUCUCUGGGCGUCUACUUCCGCCACAACUCCACAGGUGUGGGCAACGUGUCCGUCAGUCUCGUCCCGCCGAAGAAGGAGGUGGAGUUCGACCUGGAGCGCCAGAGUGUGGUCAACCCCAAAGACUCGAAGACGUUCAACUGCAGGGUGGACUACGAGAAAACCGAACGCAACAAAAAGGUGAUGCUGUGCAACUACGACCCGUCCAAGACGUGCGCACAGGAACAAACCCAGAGCCACGUCACCUGGAUGUGCUCCAAACCUUUCCAGGUCAUCUGCAUCUAUGUGUCCUUCUACAGCACAGACUACAGGCUGGUUCAGAAAGUCUGUCCGGACUACAGCUCCCAGAGUCCAGCAUACCUGCCCACGGGUUAAACAGAGGUCAAGCCAAGGACACUGGAGAGAUGUUUUUAAAUCUUAGAUCUUUACAAAUACUGCUAAAAUGUUUUUAGUGCUUGCUGUAGGCCACAAGAGUUGUAUUAGAGCAUUUUUAUGAAAUGAAAUUAACUACAGCAAAUAAAGAUUAUCAACUAAUGUGCUGAUGAUGACUUUCGUGAUUAUUCCAUUAAUUGUCUGUUUUUGUGCAAAUAAAUAUCACAACCUUUUUA